AAUUAGUUUUAUCAAAAAUAAUAAACAUAUAGAUUAUUCAAUAAUUUUUCCGACAUUUAGUAGCUUAAAUAAUUUUUGACUUUAAAUUUUUAAUCGACAAUAUUUUUGAUUUUAAUAUGUCAAAUCAAUAUAAGUUUAGUUUGAUAUUUAUAUCAAUAUUAAUUUUAAUAACUAUGAGUUGGGCCCAACAAACUACUGAUCCCCGGGAACACAAUGUCGGCAUUGACCUGGGCCGAAUCUUCCGGAUGGGUCUGAAAACAGGUAACGGCGGCACUCGGCUGGCACUCACUGUACUCAAUGGUUUCGUCAACGUUGGUGUCGAUACACGAAAGAGACCAAUAGUGGUGUCGGCCGACGGAGACAGAGAUGUCUACGACGACGAGGCUCAGGGAGAUUCAGACAAUCAAUUGUUUGAGUUUAAUAACAAAAAAGGUGUUUAUGUAUCGGUUGGUCGCUAAAUGUUUCUGACAAUUGUUGGUUUUUAAGCAACAAAAAAAACUAUAUUUAAACAGCUUUAUCGGUA